UGCAGCCUCCGGGCGAGGGAGUGGAGCCCCCGCGCCGCGCCCCGGCCCCGCUGCGCCAGCAUGUCCUCGACAGAGAGCUCGAGUCGCACGGCGGACAAGUCGCCGCGCCAGCAGGUGGACCGCCUGCUCGAGGGGGUGCGCUGGAGGAGGCUAGAGGAGCCUCUGGGCUUCAUCAAAGUUCUCCAGUGGCUCUUUGCUAUUUUCGCCUUCGGGUCCUGCGGCUCCUACAGCGGGGAGACAGGAGCAACGGUUCGCUGCAACAACGAUGCCAAGGACGUGAGCUCCAUCAUCGUUGCGUUCGGCUAUCCCUUCAGGUUGAACCGGGUCCAGUAUGAGAUGCCCCUCUGCGACGAAGAAUCCACCUCUAAGACCAUGCACCUCAUGGGGGACUUCUCUGCCCCUGCUGAGUUCUUUGUGACCCUGGGCAUCUUUUCCUUCUUCUAUACCAUGGCUGCACUAGUCAUCUACCUGCGCUUCCACAAACUCUACACGGAGAACAGGCGCUUCCCGCUGGUGGACUUCUGUGUGACUGUCUCCUUCACCUUCUUCUGGCUGGUAGCUGCAGCUGCCUGGGGCAAGGGCCUGACCGACGUCAAGGGGGCCACACGGCCAUCCAGCCUGACCGCAGCCAUGUCCGUGUGCCACGGAGAGGAAGCAGUGUGCAGUGCUGGGGCCACUCCCUCCAUGGGACUAGCCAACAUCUCCGUGCUCUUCGGCUUUAUCAACUUCUUCCUGUGGGCCGGGAACUGUUGGUUUGUGUUCAAGGAGACCCCAUGGCAUGGGCAGGGCCAGGACCAGGACCAGGGCCAGGGCCCCAACCAGGAGAGCGCGGCUGAACAGGGAGCAGUGGAGAAGCAGUAAGCAGCCCCCACAUUGGCUACUCCCGAACAGGACAGCACCUCUUCAACCACCUCCGGCUUCCAGGACAUCCCUCUUCUUCCUCCUCCAACUCCCCUCCCCCAUCAUUCUGGGCUUUGAGUUCUGAGACGUCGAUGGAUGGUCAGACAUCAGAUGUCAGAAACCUGGGCAGCCCCCCAGUGGCCUCCUAUCCCUCCUCUUACUGGAGCCCCGGAUGGCAGGAGCUCAGUGCUUCUUGUCCCCUGCCUGGACACAGGCAUCUUUCUUGGGGUCUUACUCACACCUUCACAGCCUCUGAGAACCAGCCUCUGCUGCAGGCAAGGGUUGGGGACAGGAGACCAGAGUCCUGAGACUGGUUCCUAGCAGCCACUUCUAUCAACCUGUCCAGCUUCAAUAAAAGUAGAAGGAGGGGAAAUUGGCUGGCAGCCUUCUCCCUGGUCCCUUGCAUGGAGGCCCACCAGUGGUUUAGUGACCCCUCUUCAAUGGCUGUCAUCUAGGCCCUGUGUCUGCACUGAUCUCCAGUCAGCCGAGCUCAGUAUGCUUCUCACUCUCUCCUCUGGCCUCUGUUUGACCAGAGAAUCCACAAUGUGUGAACCCGGGAGGCCAACUAGCCUGGAAAACAGCCCUUCAGAGGGUCCUGAUGAGGCCUAGACUCACGGGGGAGCAGAUAAAUUGCAACUGAGUUGCAGCUUCAAGAAACUAAAGCCAGGAAACUUU